AUGUUAAACCAUUAAGAGAAAAUUGUUCCUUAGCCUUAAUUUGAAUUUAUUUUCAAUAGAGAACUAUCUCAAAAUAUAGAUAAAUAAGAAUUUGAGAAAUUCAAGUGUCAAUCCAUUUUAUAUUGUUAAGAGAUAAUGAUUUGUGAUUUGAUGUUGCUUUUGGAAAAUGGUAAAAUGAUGAAUUAAAAAUUAAGCAUUGCAGGUUACUUGAAAUUAAUGGAUCUGAUUAAAGAAUUUAGAUAUAUUCAAAAAUCAAAAAAUCAAUUUACUCUAUUAAAUUAUUGUGUAAUUAAAAAUAUAGAUGGAUAAUUAUUGAUUGAGUCUAAGUUCAAAUUUAAAUAAUAUUAUCCCUCUCUGGAAAAUCAAAUUGAUGAAUUGCAAGCAAAAUUUUCAUAAUUUGUCGAUCAAAAAAAUAAUAAAGGCUAAGAUUUAGAAGAAAUAUUAAAAGGGGCCUCUAAUAUUUAUUCUCAGUUUAGCUCACCAAAAAAAGAAAACUAAAACAAUAUUAAGAAUGAAUUGUUUUAUUAUAUUUAGGAUAGAUUUUUUGCCAAAUAAUUUUUGAUACAUGAUUCAGAUGAGGAGUAAAAGAAAUCUCUAUAAUAUUUCCAGGAUAUUUUUAAGAUCAUUUAAUGCUCACCUAAUUAUGAGUAAAUUUUGGAUUUAUUGAUUGAAGUUGAUUUUACAACUUUAGAAUAAAUAUAAUAAUUUGUGAAAUAAAAAGAAUUUUAACAUUCAGAAGUAUGUUUAAUGAAUGAUUUUGAAUUAUUUAAGUAUUACAUAGUUCUUUUGAAAUCUGCAUAAUUUGAUUAAUAAAAGAUAAAAGAUGGUUAUGCAAAGUGUUAGAAUUAAGAAGAUAAAAGGUAAUACAUUGAUAAUCAAAUUAACAAUUUGGAUAAUUUAAUGAGUAGUCAAAAUAAAGUAAGCGAUCCGCAAGACUCAAACAAGUUUUAAUAAUCAUUAAUUAAUUAAUUAAAAAUAAAGUUUUGGGUUUUCUUUGAUUAUGAUUUGGAAGAUUAAAAGCUUUAAUCUAAUCGUAGAAAGAUAAAAAUAAAGGACAAAAUAUAUGUAAUUAAAACAAAAUAUUCUAAUUUUAUUUCAUUGAAAUAAGAUAACAAAUAUUAAUUUGAAAAAUUUGUGUAGACUAUUAUAAAUGACGAGGAUAUGGAAUAAAUUAUUGAAGAAAUAAUUGAAUUAAAAAUUGAAAUCAUUCAUGAAAAUGUUCGAACAAGCCUUAAAAAUGGCGAUUUAAAGAAACAUUUAGAAGAGUUAUUUAAUGUAAAUAAAAAAUUGUAUUUGCCACUUUUAAAAAAUCACCCAACUCUUAAAUAAUAAGUCGAUAUUUUACUUGACUAUUGUGAAAGAAUUAAAAUAAUGAUUCAAAAUUUAAAUUAAAAGUAAUUAGUUGAUUUCAAAUAAGAUGAAUAAUUAAUUAUUUUAAGAAAAUAAUUAGAAUCUACUCAAAAUGUAAAUACUGAUCUUUACAUCGAAUCUUAAGAAGAAUUAUAAGAGUUAACUAAUAGAUUUUGUCCUAAUUUAUGUAUUUUCAAAUCUACCAGAUUUUAAAGAUUUAAAUAAAGAAUUGAGUAGAAAAUAUCAAAAUAGAUGUUGUGGAAUUAAAUAAAUUCCAGAGAAAUGAGUGAAGCUAAGUCUAAAAUGCCAGCAGAAUUUUUUAAUUAAUAUUAGUUCCCUUUAUCAAAAUAUAUGACAAAACGAUAAGGCUUAGAUUAAUUGCGGUGUGGAUUUUACUGUAAUAAAACAUGGAAUAAUUUACAAGAUUCACUAAAAAAAGAGCUCUAAAAUUAGAUUAAAUAAGAUUAAAAAUUUGCAGAUGAAAAGGCAAAAAUGUAUAAGUAAUAUUAAAAUCGAAUAUUCAUUCCUAUUGAAAAAAUAGAUUUGAUUUAUAAACAUAAUUUUGAUUAAAAAAACGAAAAGAAAAUUAUGGAAGAAAUAGCUUAAUUCUUUGAUAAAAAGAGAUAAGAAGAAGAAUGCUUUCUUAAAGAUUUGUAAGAAUAUGUAGAAUUAGCAGAUGAAUUCAUUAAAACCUUGGAUUAGGAAAAGAAUGAUUAUUUCAAACAAUAAUUUUUGAAUUAUACAGAAUAUAAAUCAAUUGAAGAGAUGUAAGAUGAUGUUUAAAAAAUAAUUCAAAAUUUUAGAAAAUUGAAAUUUCAGAAAUAUGAAGAUGAUAAAUCCUUAAUUGAAAAAAUACAUAAAGAUUAUAUGCAUAAAUGUUAAGAAGUAUUAAAAAUAAUUCCUUAAGAUUUCAAAAGAUUCAAAUUAGCAAAACAAAAUAGAGAAGAUUUAGAUAAGAAGAAAAAAAUAAUAGAAUUUUAUGGAAGCUAAUUAUUAGAAUUUUUGAAAUUAUAAAUAUAAAAUAAUCAAGCUUUAUGA